AUGAGCCAAAUUCUGACCCCUCGACAAGCUGAAGAGCUACAUAAGGCCAUUAUUGCAUACCUGUCGUCGAACAACCUGCCUAACACGGCAGCUGCCUUAAGAGAAGAACUGAACCUUGGUGACACAUUUGAUACUAAUACUUCUAAGAAAUAUGAAGGUCUUUUGGAAAAGAAAUGGACUAGCGUUGUGCGAUUACAGAAGAAGAUUAUGGAACUAGAGUCGAAAACGGCUACUCUGCAGUCAGAAUUGGAUAAUGCGACACCUACCUCUCUAUCUAAGCGGAAUCAAGACCCGUCUAGUUGGCUCCCUCGGUCUCCGCCACGUCAUACCCUGGAAUCUCAUAGGGGCCCUAUUACCUGCGUCGCCUUCCAUCCCGUCUUCUCUUCCUUAGCUACGGGUUCCGAGGACUAUACGAUAAAAAUUUGGGAUUGGGAGCUGGGAGAGCAGGAGCGCACAAUCAAGGGGCAUACAAAAGCAGUGCUGGAUGUGGAUUUCGGUGGUCCUAGGGGUGGGACCCUUCUGGCGUCGUGCUCGAGUGACCUAACUAUCAAGCUGUGGGAUCCUUCCGAUGAAUACAAGAAUAUUAGAACUUUACCCGGGCAUGACCAUAGCGUUAGCGCCGUUCGCUUCAUCCCGUCAGGUGCAGCGGGUGCGCCAAGUUCUAGCAACCUUCUCGUAUCUGCUUCUAGGGAUAAGACGUUACGUUUAUGGGACGUGACGACGGGCUAUUGCGUCAAAACGAUACGAGGACAUGCAGAUUGGGUCAGAGAUGUUUGUCCAUCACCGGAUGGCCGUUAUCUUCUAUCUGCCGGAAAUGAUCAGACUGCUCGCCUCUGGGAUAUUUCGCUUGCUAACCCUGAAAGCAAGCUGACACUCGUCGGCCAUGAACAUACAGUCGAGUGUUGCACUCUCGCUCCUCCAUCAACCUACCAAUAUCUUGCACCACUUGCUGGAUUGAAAAAGCCGCCUCCAGCAUCGAGCACUGCGGAGUUUAUGGCAACAGGUUCUCGAGACAAGUCGAUACGUAUUUGGGAUGCGAGAGGCAACUGUAUUAAGACCCUUCUCGGACACGAUAACUGGGUAAGAGCAUUGGUAUUUCACCCAGGUGGUAAAUAUCUCCUUAGUGUCUCCGAUGACAAGACGUUACGGUGCUGGGAUUUGGCCCAGGAAGGAAAAAAUGUGAAGACGCUCGUAGAUGCGCAUGGUCACUUUGUGUCCUGUUUGAGGUGGGCCCCAGGCAUUAUACGCGAGCCUGUGACAAACGGGUCAGGCGAAGGUCUGAAUGGCACAUCUCUAAAUGGCAUUGCAAAAGCCGCGGCUGUUGCCGAUGUUCAAAUCCGGUGUGUUAUUGCAACUGGGUGUGUGGAUUGUAAGUUGAGAAUUUUUGCCAACUGA